CGACCACGUUCAUAUCACGCCGUGGUGUUGUGCGACACAGUUUUAAUAAAAUACCCAAAAUUAUUUUUAAAAAAAAUUAGUGAAUACAUCUAUUUUGAUAAGGCUAUUGUAAUUACCAUUUUUUCAAAUGAUUUUUUAUUUAUCACAGCAUUGGGGAUUUAUAAUCCGAAUUAGUUUACGUAGUUCUUUUAAUACAGAUUUACAAUAAUAAUUAACCUUUUGCCAUCUUUAUUUCAAACUAAAAGUUUUGUGUACUUAAUGAGUAAUUGUUAGACGUUGUACUUAAUAUCAUCUGCAGACUUAAAAUCAAUAAAUUUUCAAUUAACAGAAGCCUAAAUUUCGAUAAUAUGAGUAGCGAUCGAGGAAAAACACGAACAGCGAUUUAUAGAAGGAACAAAAGAAAAUUAUAACUAUAUAAAAAAUUUUAUCCACAAGAUAAUAUGUUUUCUUUUCUUCCUCGUGGAUUUUUGGAAGAGAGAUCGACAUCAUCAAUACCAUCAUCAUCAAGAACUUCAGUUCCAUCAACUUCAGUUUCAUCAAAUUCUAAUAAUGUUGAGAGGAAUACUUAUGGAAGUAACGUAAAUUUAAUCUCACAAAUUCUGGUGGAAGAAAAUAUCGCAGAACCCGUACGUCUGAUUGAUUCACAAGAAACUCAUGAUGAAACUAUGGAUGUAGCAGAGAUGUACUUUUCAGAUAGCUCUGAAGAGUUUAAUAUGGCCGAAUUGAUUGAAAAUGGUUAUCAAGCGGAUACCGGGCGUUUUGAUAGUGAUAAUGGAAAUGAUGAUAUAAAUAACAACAAUAAUAGCGAUAAUGAUAGCGAUUCCGACGAUGCUAAUGAUACAACUCAACAAUUCUUUCAUAUUGACAAAUCAGCAUUUAAUUUCCCGUUUCUAUCGAAUCCAAAUUUUUAUGAAAAUGAUCAUUUGUUAUCAGUUAUCAGUAUGUCUGUUCGAUAUAACCUAUCAUAUGAGGCUACAUUAUCAAUGUUGACUUGGAUUAAAAUUUCGCAUAAAAAUAAUAAUUUGCCAACGACCAAGAAAGCUUUGUGGAAGGCAUUACAUCGUGAUGAAUCGCUAAUAAGGCGAUAUUUGUAUUGUGGUGUAUGUAAGGAAAUUGUUGGCAUCGGAAAAACGCCAUCUAAAGAGUGCGCUUGUAAUUCAUGCAGUCCGGGUAAAAAAUCUUCAAAUUUACACUAUUUCUUACAAUUAAAUUUAUUUAGCCAAUUAACUGAGUUUUUCAAAAUCCCUAAUAUUGGAAAAUCUUUGGAAUAUCGGUUUAUUAGAGAAAAUAGAGAUUCUUCAGCAAUUGAAGAUAUUUUCGAUGGAGAUGUGUAUAAAAAUUUGUGUGCACCUGAAGAAUUCUUAAAUAAUCCAUUCAAUUUUUCAUUAACAAUCAACACAGAUGGGUGUCAAGUAGCAAAAUCAUCAAAAGCAAGUGCUUGGCCAGUAUAUUUUCAGAUUAAUGAAUUACCUCCACACAUGCGUAAAAAGCAUAUGUUGUUGGCUGGAAUUUUUGUCGAUACUUGUCAUCCUUCAUUAAAUAUUUUAUUACGUCCAAUAGUUGAUGAAAUGAUUGAAUUGUAUGAAACCGGAAUUAUUUGGAAAAUUUCGGAGCACAGAGAAGUUACUUCAAAAUUCAUAGUAACUACAUGCAGCGUUGACUCUCCAGCUAGAUCUUCAAUUACUAGAAUGAGACAAUUCAAUGGUUACACUGGAUGCACGUUUUGUUAUGCAGAAGGACAGCGUUAUGGAAACAAGCAUAUUUAUCCAAGAAGUCAUGGGUAUGGACAACUUCGUACCGAUGAAGAAAUGAGACGAGACAUGAGCAUUGCUUACGAAACUAAAGAAAUUACUAAUGGAAUAAAAGGAAUUUCAUGUUUAGUUGGAUUACCAGAAUUCGAUCUGUGUAAUGGGAUAGUGGUUGAAAGUCUACAUGCAGUUUUUUUGGGUGCAGUAAAACAACAUACCAACUUACUUCUAAAUACAGCUGAUUCUCCAUUUUAUAUUGGACAUCCAACAGAUAAAAAAAGAAUUAAUAAUCGUUUGUUGUCAAUCAAACCUCCAUCUCGCCGUACUCGUGUUCCAAGAGAAAUUGAUACAUUUAAUCAAUGGAAAGGAUCAGAAUUAAGAAAUUGGUUGGAUUAUGUUGCACCAUGUUUGGAUGGCAUAUUGCAAGUAAAAUAUAUCAAUCAUUUUGCCUUAUUGUCACAAGCUAUUCACUAUUUGAAUAGUGAUUCUGUAACGAUGGUUGAUCUCGAAACUGCUGGACGUCUCAUAGAGAAAUACGUUACAAAGUUUGAAGAAUUGUUUGGAUUAGAGAACAUGAGCUAUAAUAUACAUUUAUUAACACAUCUUAGUACUACAGUAAAAAAUUUAGGUCCUAUGUGGGUACAUUCCGCCUCAGUUUUUGAAUCUUGGAACAAAAAAAUUAUGGACAAUAUAACAAGUCCUCAUGGAAGAGCUGAUCAAAUAAUUACACGAUUUUUAAUGAAUAAAUUUAUUCAAUCAGCAGUUCAUAGUAAUUUGGUAUCUACUGAGACUGAAAAAUUUAUAUGUGAUACUUUAAGAAUUCCUAACAUAAAUAAUGAUAUAACGAUUAAUAAAGAUUUUGAAGUAAUAAGUAGUCCUGAAACGAUUAAUCUUAAAGAAGUUGAAUUAAACAUUUUGCGACAAAUUGAUUAUGAUCCUAAAAGCUUCGUAUCUGCAUUCACUAAAAUUAAAGUAAAUAGUAUAGACUAUAAUAUUCAAAAUAAUAAAGAUAAUAAAUUUUGUAAUUUCGUAAUAUGUUACAAGAACAACUUUUUUGGAGAGAUAAUUUCAAUAAUUGAGUUUAUUAAUGCGGAUGAUAAUAAAAUUCAAGGCUUUUUUAUUAAGCCUUAUAAAAUAAUAAAAUGUGCGUUUGGUACAGAUUAUAUGAAGGAAAUAGAAAUAACGAAUGACAUUGUUUUCUUAGAUAAUUUGAAAUCUGUAAGACCAGCCACUAAAAUAUGCACUGAUCUACGAUUAUUUGUUUUCAAGCUUCCAAACUGUUGGGAAACCGAUUGAAUGACUAAAAAAUUGUUAAAAAGUGUGGUAUACAAAUAAAUCCAAACUAUAUGUAUAUAUACAUGUAUAUAUAUAUAUAUUAUAUUUGUACUGUUAACAAAAAUAAUUGAUAAACUAUUAGUAUUUUAUAAUCAGGUUUUGUAAAAAGUUAAAUUAUAUAUUUCAAUAUAUACUUACAUGUAAAUUUCGACUAAAAAACAAUAAUCUA